AUGAGUGAGAAUUUUCCACCGGACGACGCUAGCACAUCCAGCGGGUCGCCCGCUGAUGCGGUUCUGGAUAAAACAAUGAAAAUUUUGGAAAAUUUGGUGAUUGACUGGGAAUCAAAGCAGCCAUCAGAGGCGAGUUGCUUCUUAAUUUAUAGAACUUUCAUUUUGAUUCAAAAUCACGAGAUCGGAAAAACUCCAAAUGGAAAACAGGAAGCUGUUAAAGUGAUGGAGUACCGCCAAGCCGCACGAAGGUCACGAAACAAGUGGACUCCCUAUUUAGUUGCCAAGUUCUUUUUAAGAAAGCUACUUAUCACACCACUCGACGAGUUAUAUUCUACGAUGAGUCGAAUACGCUUUCCUGAAGACGUUGACGUGGAAGUUCUUCGUUUAUGCUUACUAGACAGACGUGAUAUACCGGUGGCAUGUAGCGUUCAAGCUGCACGACCACCAACACCUGACGGUGAGGUGGACGAGUUGUCCGAGUAUUUUGCUCAUUUCGUGCGAGUCGAUUUGAAGAUGUCUUCGCUGGCAGAGUCAAUGUAUAUAAAUAGCAUGCUUAAUAGUCAGACGUAUCUACUCCCCCGACGAGCACUUUUCUAA